CUCGAGCUUGGAGCUUGGCCUGAUUGUCGACUGUACAAAGAUCUCUAGAUCCGUCAACGAUGCAAGCCGAAGAGAGGCAGCCAUACUGGCAGCUGCGGCCCGGCACUGCAGCGAUCAAGGAAGAAUACUUGCUCGUUGACCCGUAUGCGUUCAAGGCGCUCGAAAGCAAGCGAGCUAAUGACGACGAUGCUGCCGAGCGAAAGACUAAUUAUGCGACUCAGCAUGCACAAACGAGCAAAGACACAAGAGCGACACCCGGUCAGAAUGGAAGCCCAGCUGGUCCCUCGGUCGAUGCAGUCUCUGCGCUCGAGACAGUGGCGCCGCUUGCAAGGGGUGGCUCUACAAAUGAUCAUCCUCCUCCUCGCUUAGACGAUCGAAACAACCCGCACAAGCGGCCCCGCUUGAGCAAGGCAGAGCUGAAGCGCCAACUCAAAGCAGAGCGAAUCGCUCAAGGGGAUACUGCAAACGUGAACCGGUCUCGUCGUUUUGCAAAGACAGGAGAUGCUAUCGAGCUUUGCUUCGCUGUCUCGCGAGGACACAAAUGCGAGAAAGGCGACUCUUGUCGCUAUUCACACGAUCUGAAAGGCUAUCUUGACGCAAAGGAAGCGGACCUCAGCACGCUCGACUCGUCUCAUGGCCCGACAAUCACAUCCUGUCCGAGCUAUGAAGCACUCGGCUACUGUAUUGCGGGCCUGAAGUGUCGUUGGCUGAGUACGCACACAGAUCAAUCUGGCGACGGCGAAGGCUUCCAGGGCCUUGGAUUCACGAUCAAACAGGACGACGCCAAGAUUCGCGCUGCGCUGUCAGAGGCUUUCCCGAACAUCGACCUGCCUGACGUGAUCGGGCAGAAGGAGCUAGAUCUCCUGACUGCAUGCAAGGGCGAGCGCAAUGUUGUAUCGACCGAGCUUCAGCGAGAUAUCAAGCAGGGGAAGAUGGAGCUUCCGCAAUCUGACGCCUACCUGACCAGUAUCGGUGCCGAGACACAGGCCAUGCGUAUGGCUCCGAAGCCUCACAAGGGCAAGGGAACGCAGCAAGAUUCGCCGGCGAUGACACCACACUCAGAAUCGGUUGUCGAGAUACAUCCAGAUGCUGAUACGCCUGACGUACCGAGCCGACCAGCAGAGAAGAAGCGUCUUGAUUACCGCGAUCAAUUCUAUCUCGCACCCCUCACGACCGUCGGAAAUCUACCCUUCCGUCGAUUAUGCGGCACGUACGGCUCAGACAUCCAUUGUGGCGAAAUGGGGCUAGCAUAUGACUACUUGACUGGGAAUGCGACCGAGUGGACAUUAGUCAGGCGUCAUCCGUCCGAGCGCAAAUUCGGCAUCCAGAUAGCAGGCAACAAGCCGAAUGUCCUCGUAUCUGCCGCAGAAGUCCUUGCAAAGACCUGUCCGUCUCUCGACUUUGUGGAUGUCAAUUGCGGCUGCCCGAUCGACCUUGUCUUCAACCGCGGUGCCGGCUCGGCGCUGCUUGAAAAAGCGGGUCAGCUUGGCAAAAGCCUGAUCGGAAUGAACAGAGUACUGGGCGAUAUACCGGUGACGAUCAAGUUGAGGACUGGCAUCAAGGAGAACAACCUCGUUGCACACAAGCUCGUCAGACGAGCUCAGAACGAAUGGGGCGUAGGCGCAGUGACCAUUCACGGUCGAACGAGACAUCAGAGGUACAGCAAGCUUGCAAAUUAUGACUACAUCAAGCGAUGCGUCGAUGCGCUCCGUGAAGCCAGUCGAGAUGAAGAUUUGCCUGUCAUCCCCAUCUUGGGCAAUGGCGAUGUGUACGACCAUCGAACGUACUAUGAAAAUCUCGAGCAGACGGGCGUCGACAGCAUUAUGGUCGCUCGAGGCGCUCUCAUCAAGCCUUGGAUCUUCACAGAGCUUCGAGAGCGUCGCGAUUGGGACAUCAGCUCUCGCGAGCGUCUCGAUGGCAUCCGUCAAUUGACGGAAUUUGGCCUAGAGCAUUGGGGCUCGGACACACAAGGUGUCAACAAAACUCGUCGAUUUGUCUGCGAGAGUCUUUCUUUCCAGUCCCGUUACAUUCCUGUCGGCUUGCUGGAAGUCUUGCCGCCCAAAAUGACGGAUCGAGCUGUCGCCUAUCGCGGACGCGACGACCUCGAGACAUUGCUUUCGAGCGACUCUGCUGCAGACUGGGUCAGAAUAACAGAGAUGUUCCUCGGAAAGGCUAGCGAGUCUUGGUCUUACACGCCCAAGCACAAAGCUAACGCGUACGAUUCGAACGACGCGCAAGGCUGAAAGAGUGUCAAGUAGGUGCAAGUACAUCAACAAUGCAGACAUCCUUCAUAGAAACGAUUUCGUUAUCUGCUUUCCUCGACCACUGAGAAAUAGCUUGGGGGAAGAUCGACUUGAGGCGCAUCCUGCGGCUUGGCUGCUGCUUUGCCGUGUAUGCCAAGACUCUUUGUCUGGGUUG